AGAUUGAUUGUGAGCCGUUGAUUCAAUUAUAUAAACUACCUACCAAAAAUGAAAAAAAAAAUGAAUGUAGACAUAAUUAUGACAUAAGGGGGAUCUUUAUCAUUUUCCUAUAUAAUCUCCUCACCAUUCUCCUUUUUCCUUGCACAUUUAUCUUCGCCUCUCAAUUGACUAUAUUCUUCUUCAAUCAAAAGAUUUAGAGAAAUGGAGACUUUCUUGUUCACAUCUGAAUCGGUGAACGAGGGACACCCUGACAAGCUGUGUGACCAGGUCUCAGAUGCAGUGCUCGAUGCCUGUCUAGCUCAGGACCCUGAGAGCAAAGUAGCUUGUGAGACUUGUACCAAGACCAACUUGGUUAUGGUUUUUGGAGAGAUCACCACCAAAGCCACCAUUGAUUAUGAGAAGAUUGUACGUAACACUUGCCGCGAAAUUGGAUUUGUGUCUGCUGAUGUUGGUUUGGAUGCUGACAAUUGCAAGGUCCUUGUGAACAUUGAGCAGCAGAGUCCUGAUAUUGCUCAAGGUGUUCAUGGUCAUUUGACUAAGCGUCCCGAGGAGAUUGGUGCUGGUGACCAGGGGCACAUGUUUGGCUAUGCCACUGAUGAGACACCUGAGUUGAUGCCCCUUAGCCAUGUUCUUGCUACCAAACUUGGAGCUCGUCUUACUGAGGUUCGCAAGAAUGGAACUUGCUCUUGGCUUAGACCCGAUGGUAAGACCCAAGUGACUGUCGAGUAUCACAAUGACAACGGUGCCAUGGUUCCUCUACGUGUUCACACUGUUUUGAUCUCCACUCAGCAUGAUGAGACUGUUACGAAUGAUGAAAUUGCUCGUGAUCUCAAAGAGCAUGUCAUCAAGCCUGUUAUCCCAGAGAAGUAUCUUGAUGAGAAGACCAUUUUCCACCUUAACCCUUCAGGCCGUUUUGUCAUUGGUGGACCUCAUGGUGAUGCUGGUCUCACUGGUCGUAAGAUCAUCAUUGACACAUAUGGAGGUUGGGGUGCCCACGGAGGUGGUGCUUUCUCAGGAAAGGAUCCAACCAAGGUCGACAGAAGUGGAGCCUAUAUCGUGAGGCAAGCAGCUAAGAGCAUCGUUGCCAAUGGUCUUGCUAGGAGGUGCAUUGUUCAGGUUUCAUAUGCCAUCGGUGUGCCUGAACCUCUGUCUGUCUUUGUCGACACUUAUGGAACUGGAAAGAUCCCCGAUAAGGACAUUCUCAACAUUGUGAAGGAGAACUUUGAUUUCAGGCCUGGUAUGAUUUCCAUUAACCUCGAUUUACUGAGGGGUGGCAACGGUCGAUUCUUGAAGACUGCUGCAUAUGGGCAUUUUGGUAGAGAUGAUCCUGACUUCACAUGGGAAGUAGUUAAGCCUCUCAAGUGGGACAAGCCUCAAGCUUAAACUGGAAUAUAAUUGUUUCAUCCCUGUUGGCUAUAGUUUCGCGUUUUCUUUUUAUUUUUUACAUCUUAUAUUUGUUCUUUUAAUGUGGUUUUAGAAGGUAUUGUUCUGAGUUUCUUGGAUAAAGUUUGACGAAUAUGAUAUCAUGGAUUUGAGAUAUUGAAA